GACGUGCACAGAAAAAUAUCGUUAUGUGCGGAGAUAAACAUAUUAUUGCCGCUUGGACCUAACAUGUAAUGUUAAACUACUGAUUUCAAAUCGGUGAUCACUGCAAGUUGAUUGUAAUCUUUGAAUGGAAAUGAGUUGGUUGUAUGAAUUUGUGUGCCGUGUGGUUUUGACUUAGAAAAACGAGGGAAGUAAAUCAAGUAAAAUUUUGUGACAAUGGAUGGAGAUCACGCAUGUGGAAGUGAGAAUUCUAGUGUUUCCUUAGUUAAUAACACAUCGACCUCUCGCGGUUCUUCAAGUGACGAUUCUUCCCCCGGUCCACCGUGCAACGAAAUGAACCAACUCGGACGGUGUGUUGAUGAUGUAAAUAACGGUGUAACAGGUGAUGCCUGCGAGAUAUUAAAAUUUCCAGCUGUCAGCUGCCCAGAAAAAAUAGUGUUAUGUGUUGAUUUAGCGGAAGAUCCUGAUUAUACUCCGUUUAAACUAGGACAAGGAUCGAAGUUUUCCCCCUUGUAUAUGGUAAAGAGGGUGACAGAAAUAUUUUUGUAUAGUAAAAACAUCAUAAGCCUUGAACACGAGUUUGCGUUAGUUGUGUUAAAGACUGAUGAAGCGGUGUGGCUAAGUGAUUUUUGUAGUAAUCCAAAGGAAAUCAUAUCUAUACUGGAGGGUUUGAGUGAAACCACACAAAAUGAAACUUUCAAUCUUACGUCAUUGUUCGAUGUCAUAAAACGAAAUGUAAAACUUCCUGCACCUCUUGCCAAUAAUCCAGAACUUUGCCCACCAUACUCGGUGAGAGUAAUUUUGUUAUAUAGCCGGUCAUUCUGCGUCCCAGAAUUUAGACAAGGACGAGAGUCUUUUAAUGUCCUUACAUCAUCUCCGUAUUUUACAUUGGAUAUUCUGUAUAUACAUGAACAGCCUUCAGAGGACAAUAAAUGUGAAGAAGCAUUUAGUGUUUUAGAUGGAUUAGAUGAGCAGGAACUCUCCUAUGUGUAUGAUGUCCUCAGAAAUGCAACGAAAUUGCAUGACCAUAUGGCUAAGCUUCUUGCGCAUCCGCUUCAACGACCAGCACAGAAAAGAACUCAUUAUAAAUUGAAGGAGCCGCAGGAUAUUCCAAAAUAAGUUGUAUGUAUUGUAUAUAUGUGUUAUAAGCUUUAUUUGUGGAGAUUUUUUGAAGAAGCUUAAUGAAUUGACAAGUUGCAGAGUUAUGUACGGUAAUGAAGUAUUAAAUUUUAGUACUGUGAGAAAACAUUACACAUUGGAGCUGCAGAAUAUCUGCAAGUAAUGUUCCUAUAUUUUGUUACAGCUGCGCAGUUUUAAUGCAGAUAGUCUACUUAACUGCCACAUUGCAGGGUUAAAUGUUGCUGAAGUGUUUUGGAAACAAUAAAUUAAAAUGACAUAUAACAUAUUCAUUUUAUACGGUCAUUUUUGCAUAAAAUGUCAGUUUACAAUAUACAUUUAUAAAAAUAAAGAAAUGUGAAGAAGAUAAUAUGCUAUAUUUUCUUGCUAGCAUGAACUGCAGUUUUGUCCCAACCUUUUUUUCAGUGGUAUGGUUUUGUUUGAAUGUUAUUGCUGGUUUCUGUUCAACCCCAAAGAUAAAAAUAUGUGCAUGUUACAAUGGCUGUGUUUUUUUUUAAUUACAAAAAUUAUGUUUCUUUGUACAAAUGUUAAUGCUCCAUCCAGCAUACAAUGCUAAAAAUUGUGUUAAAGUGUAGACAUAUUAAUCAGUGUUGGUUUGUCACAAAUUGUGGAGCAAUAAUAUUUGCAUUUACUGAAUUGGUAUAUUGUAAGUAUCAAUGCAGAUAACAAAGAUUGAGAAAGCUGCUCUAAGAAGAUUUCUCUGUCUGUUAUAAACUUUUAGACUACAGAUGACUUGCUUUGUAAGAGAGACCCAUUUUAUUCAGUUUUUUCUCUUACAAAAUCUUAGCCCUAUAUCAGAUGUAGUAGGCCUAGUCUCAAUAUUUUUGUUGUGUCUGUGUAGUCUGAACCAUUCUAAUAAACUGAUUUAUUCAGGAGGUGAAGAAGGAAAGU